AUGCUGUACCUCGUGGGUCUCGGUCUCUCUGACGAGACGGACAUUACCGUCAAGGGUCUCGAGAUUGUCAAGAAGGCCUCCCGGGUUUACCUCGAGGCCUACACAAGCAUUCUUCUCGUCAACAAGGAGGUUCUGGAGUCCUAUUAUGGCCGGCCCAUCAUUAUUGCUGACCGCGAAAUGGUCGAGAGCUCGAGCGACGACAUUCUUGCCAAUGCGCAGACUGAGGAUGUAGCCUUCUGCGUCGUUGGUGAUCCGUUCGGUGCUACCACUCACACCGACCUCGUCCUUCGUGCCCGCGAACUAGGCGUCGCCGUCGCCUCCGUCCCCAACGCUUCCAUCAUGUCCGGCAUUGGCGCCUGCGGCCUCCAGCUCUACAACUUUGGCCAGACCGUGUCCAUGGUCUUCUUCACCGACGAGUGGCGUCCGGCCAGCUUCUACGACCGCAUCAAGGAGAACCGCGACAUUGGCCUGCACACGCUGGUGCUGCUCGACAUCAAGGUCAAGGAACCCAACCUGGCGAGCCUGGCCCGCGGUCGCAUUGUCUACGAGCCGCCGCGCUACAUGACGGUCGGUACCUGUGCCAAGCAGAUGCUCGAGAUCGAGGCCGAGCGCAAGGAAGGGGUUUACGGCGAGGACAGCUUGGCCAUUGGCGCGGCGCGCGUCGGCGGUCGCGAGCAGGUGUUUGUAGCUGGCACGCUCAAGGAGCUGUGCGAGGCGGACGAUGCGCUGGGCCCGCCGCUGCACAGUCUGGUGCUGCUGGGCCGGAGGACGCACGAGCUGGAAAACGACUUUGUGCGGGAGUUUGCCGUGGACAAGGAGAAGUGGCAGCGCAUUUGGGCGGCGGAAUACCAGAACAAGCAUUAG